UAUAAUUCCUUCCAUUAUGUGAUGUACUCCUAGUAGUAUGUAGUAAGUAGUAGGAUUAGAGUAGGAGAUAGGGGCAAGAGAAGAAAAGACAGCUUUAAUAUUCCCCCGAUAAUACUCAACCCAAUCAUUCUAUUCUCAUUCUACUUUCUAAUUCCAAACACUAUCCUUCUCAGAUCUAACCUUCAUCUCUCUUCACAAAUAAAACAAAAAACCCCAAAUUCAUUUAAUUCUAUCCCUAAAUGCACAAAUUCAAGCUCUUAGCUACACAAUGCGCCAUCGCCAACAGCCCCACACGCAGUCCCACCACCAGUCCCGUCAUCCACCUCCGCCGCCGCAAAACCCUCCGCAUGUUCCUCACUCGUCCGCACGACCGCCGCCGUUUCCAUCCUCCUCCCCUAGAUCCACCUCCUCCUUCCUCCGAUGAAGUCAAAGUUCGCCACAAGCUUAAAGACCUAUUCGUCUCCUCUCCAUCUCCGCCGUCACUUCCGUCUCCGCCGACGAUGCUACAAGACGAGAAGAAUAUCUCCCAACAGCAGCAACAGCAGCAGAAUUACGAUCAGAAAGAUUGCUCCACCGUCGCUGUCCGAUUCCGAACUGGAUCUCCGUUCCGUCGAUCUUCUGCCGUCGCGGCUCUCCGGCCGGUGUCAUCAGCGUUUCGUUACAGGUUACUGAGAAGAGCAUGGCGGCCGGUAUUGUUCACUAUUCCUGAGUAACGGUUACAGUUUCUCUCUACUGUUACUGUACGGUUGAAUUCAGAUUUUUUUUUUUUUUUUGGAGAUAGUAAUAGUAAAAAAUUAUUAAUAAUCACGUUUAGUUGUAGCCAAAUGAAUAAAUAAUCACGUUUAGUUUUUGCUGCUAACGUGCGCGGAAAUGUUUCUGGUAAAAAGUUAACGAAACUAACGUUUGGCGGAAAUGGGCGCUUUAAUAAUGUACGACGUCGUUUGCUGAAUUUUGUGCGUUUGAUGGUUAAUUACUCUUAAUGGAGUCAAAAUAUUUGGUUAAA